CUCUCCCCUCCCUCUUGGUACCUGCCAAUGCACAGCCCGAUGCCGCUUCCAUCCAAACCACUGUCUCAUGGCCAGUUUGCCAUUGUGAAACGCACGCACGCACAUCGCAAUCGGCGCAAGGCUCACUCUCUCGUCCCUACCCCGCCCCAGCGAAGCUUAUCUCAUUUUGCGUGCCCGACGCCAGAGCCGCGUCAGCGACCAUUUCUUCUGCCGCCUCUUAGCCUCCAAAAUGUUGCCUCUUAUGUACACUCACAUCGCCUCAUGCCCCAAAUCUUGCUUCUGCUUCCACCACCACCGCAUGCUCCCUUCCGCUGCCAUCCACUCCCCAGCAGUCCAUGUCCUGCUCCUCCACCCGUAUUGCAACACGCCCAACCACUCAAGUCCGUGCUGCACAGUCGCAUCAUGUCUUCACGAACCGGUCCUGCCCCGGCCUUGGCAUCGCUUCUAGCUUGCUGCUAAUUAUGAACGGCCUCUAGUCUACCGCUCAACGCAAAUCCUCGCUGCUGACACGAGUCUGACACCUCCGCUGCAAAAAAUCAAUCUACCCCAACACUCUAGGCUCGGCACAGCACGGCACUCACAACAAAAGACCCCAACUCCAUGUUGGCCAUGCUGUUGGCC